UUGAUGUACAGCUGAUCGCGCAUCUACGUCUCGUGACAACAACAAUAUGGAGGCUACUGCAGUCAGUCUCCGUUUGUUUUGUGUAAUUAUUGCAGUGACAGCAACUGUUUCGGUGAAGUAUGAACCGAACUGGGCGUCCCUGGAUUCCAGACCGCUCCCGCCGUGGUACGACGAAGCGAAAGUCGGGAUAUUUCUGCACUGGGGUGUAUUCUCUGUUCCUGCAUUCAAGUCUGCGUGGUUCUGGUACUAUUUGCACAACAAGGAAGCCUCCUAUGUGAAAUUCAUGGAAGACAACUAUCCGCCGUCCUUCACUUACGGAGACUUUGCUCCGAAAUUCCACGCCUCCUUGUACGACCCCGAUUAUUGGGCUGACAUAUUUGAAGAUGCUGGUGCAAAGUAUGUUGUUCUUGUCACCAAGCACCAUGAAGGCUUCACAAUGUGGCCCUCCAAACAUUCCUGGAACUGGAAUGCUGGUGAUGUUGGACCUAAAAGAGACUUACUGGGAGAGCUUGCUGUGGCAGUGAGGAAGAAGAAGGACAUCCACUUUGGGGUUUACCACUCCCUGUUUGAGUUCUACAAUCCACUCUUUUUGCAGGAUCAAGCUAAUCUCUUCACGACUCAGGAUUUUGUCAGGACCAAAACUAUGCCCGAGCUGUAUGAACUCAUCAAUACGUACAAACCAGAGAUUCUCUGGUCCGAUGGAGACUGGUUAGCACCAGACACAUACUGGAAUUCCACCAAUUUCUUGGCCUGGCUGUACAACGAAAGCCCUGUGAAGGAUGUCAUUGUUAGCAAUGACCGCUGGGGAGCGGGACUCUACUGUAAACACGGCGGCUUCUGGAACUGCAAGGACAAGUACAAUCCUGGAAAGGUUCUGCCUCACAAGUGGGAAAAUGCGAUGACCGUUGAUAGCAAGGCAUGGACUCAUCGUCGAGACAUCACCGACCAAGAUGUCCUGUCUGUACAUGAUCUCCUGACUACAUUGUCACAGACCGUAAGCUGCGGAGGAAACCUUCUGAUGAACGUUGGUCCCGACGCUGAUGGCCGAAUCAUUCCUAUAUUUGAGGAGAGAUUAAGGAGUUUUGGAGCGUGGAUGAAGGUCAAUGGAGAGGCCAUCUACAAAUCUAAACCCUGGCACACACAGCAGGAUAACGCCACUCUGGGUGUCUGGUAUACCACCAGGAAGUCGGUGAACGUUACUGGUGUAUAUGCCAUUGUCCUCUCGUGGCCGAAGAAAGGCGUCCUUAGCCUGUUGGCUCCGGUCACCCAGACAACCACCGUCAUCGAGAUGCUUGGAGUUCCUGGCAAAGAGCUCAAAUAUAGCAAGGGAGUCAACGGCACCAUCGACAUCACUUUCCCCAACCUCUCGCCCACCCAACUCCCCUCGACUGAGGCCUGGGUCCUCAAAAUGACCAACCUCAAGAACCAGAAUGUUUAUAAACGGCCAGAUUUCGUGGACAAUGCCAACAUCGUACCCAUUGACCUUGGGCCAAAGCCAUAGACAAAUUCAGCAAGACCAUUUUUAAAAAAUUGUUUGUUUGCAGUUUCCGAACCGACCCACCUACUCAAGUUUGUUUUUAGAACUCUUGGUAUGAGUUUUUUUUAAGACAGGGGAAAGAAAAAAAACCACUGACACUGAUUUUUAUGUAGAAUAUGAGAUUUCUAAAACGAAAAACAAAUCCCUUCCUACCUGGCCACUGAUAAACAUAUGAGUAGAGAAACUGCAAACAAACAAUAUUAAAGAAUGCCCAAUGAAACUAAUGAAACAUUGUGUCAUCAUAGACAGACUUCAAAAAAUCUGGUAUGUUGUUACGGAAACGAAAGAUAAAUUGAUUUCGGAUAAAGAAUGUUUUUAUAAACAA